AUGGUUAAUUGGUUUGUGAAGUCAUUGUCUCAAGGUGGGAAGGAAAUCUUGUUGAAGUCUGUAGGCAUGGCUUUUCCUGUGUUUGCGAUGUCUUGUUUUAAGCUACCCAAAGAUGUAUGUGAUAAGCUCACAAGUGCAAUGAUUGAGUUUUGGUGGAGUAGUGGUAAUAAUAAAAAGAAAAUUUCGUGGGUAGCGUGGAAGAAGCUCUGCACUUACAAGGAACUUGGUGGUUUGGGUUUCAAAGACAUUGAGAAGUUUAAUCAAUCUCUCUUGGCCAAGCAAGCAUGGCGCAUAUGGUCUUCUCCUGACUCUCUCUUGGCUCGAAUUCUACGGCAUCGGUACUUCUCCCGUUCGGAGUUUCUAAACUGUGGUGUUGGCUCACGUCCGUCUUACGCUUGGCGUAGUAUCAUACAUGGACGUGAUCUGCUGAAGGUAGGUAUGCUCAACAAAGUUGGUGACGGUAGGAACACUAAGGUGUGGUUGAAUAAUUGGUUGAUGGACGUAUUUCCUCGGCCCCCUCACUAUCGCCAAGAUGCGGUGAUUGAUCUCACCAUGACAGUAAACGAGCUACUGGAUCAGCAUUCGAACUCGUGGAACGUUAAUUUGGUUCGCCAACUGUUCUCAGAUGAAGAUAUUGAUUUGGUCCUUAAUACAAAGAUUCUCCCGUCUCGAACUGACUCCAUUGUCUGGGGCCUCUCAAAGGACCUGAGACAAUCUGUCAUAUUCUCUUCCAUUGUCCAUCCUCUCGAGAGUCAGAAACAGAGCAUUGGGAGUUCUGUUCGUUUAUCCUUCCCAUGGUUGUUGUGGCAAAUUUGGAAAGCAAGAAACAAGUUUUGCUUUGAACAGAUCAACCCGUUGGCUUGUGACAUUGUCUCUAAAGCAAGAGAGGAGGCUACCAUUUGGUUAAACCUCCACGGAAAUCUCCAGAAAAGCCAACAUGUUCUUCCUAUUGUGUCAGGAUCUGAGAGGAAAUGUGGAGCAGGUUGGAUCACACACAACUCAGUUGGCAAAGUCCUUUUUCAUAGCCGAAGGUCCUUUAGUGGAGUUAGGUCCCCUGCUCAUGCGGGAUUGCUGGCGAUAACUUGGGCCACUACAGCGGUGAAAGAACACAAACUGAGGAAUGUUCAGUUCGAAUUCUCAUCUUUGGAGGCUGCCGAUGCACUGAAUAACACGCUAGAAUAUCCUCCUAUUUAUUCUGAGUGUUAUAAAGCACUAGGUAGUGUUUACUCUCUUUCUAAGAGCUCCAUGGUUUUGGUUCAUCGAACUUGCAACACGGCUGCUUCUGCAAUUGCAGAUAGUGUCAUAAGCGGCCAACGGUUCCAUUCUUAUGUGGCAUCUGGUGGGCCUCGGUGGUUGGCGGUAAUGCUUGACAAAGAAGCAAUCUCUUCUUAA